CUGACGUUACGUAACGACGUCUGCUCGUCUCACUUCCUGGUUGACUGUAUGAAUUUGUCCAAACAUGACCGCGUGUGCUGUGUACAGGUAGAAUAGAUACAAGGGUUACCUCUUUUUGUACCUCAUGGCUUCUGUCAGGGACCUGCAAGCUCGACGAGUUGACAAUAAUAAUACACGCACUCUGUUGAACUCAGAAGGCGUUUAUGAAGCAGCAGAAGAUAAUUCAUCCCAGCUCAUUCUGGAGAACCCCGAUCCUGAUAUCGUCAAAACAAUCUCACAUUAUUUCGAGGCUGCUCUCAGUGGGCAGAAAUAUGUGUUAUCCCAUCCCGUCACAGACCAUGGCACUGAGUCUUCAGCAGACAGUAGGGAUUCAGGGGACAGCCUGUUCAUAACUCAAGUGCCAGUGUCUGAGGUGGUGAGGUCUGUGAGAAGAUGUCACUCAAAGGAGAGGUCAGAGUUCACAUGUACCAUAGAAUCAGAGGAGGAGAGCGGGGAGGAAGAUGGACCUGCCACUCCCAAAAGGAAGCAGCAGGUCUCACAUGCAAUGAAACAUCACAAGAGGAAAGCAGAGAAGCAUGGCCUGAAAAAGUACUCCUUUUCCUUCCUGGGGAGCGUUUACAGAAGUAAACCCCUAUCUAGUCGAGAGAGGACUUACAGAAACACACACCUACCACUAUUAAAGAGUGUGACCUUCUCGAGUAAGGCAAUUGGAGGCUUUUUUAGAUGCGUCAAAACACUGAAGAAGUUCUCUAAAGGAAAAGAGACUUUAGCCUCAGCUUUACCAAACAGAUAUCUGGAUGAGGAAGGUGAACUGUCUCCACUGUCAGAACAGGAGGUGGAAUCUGAAGGUAGUGAUGAUAUCAGAGUGGUGGUGAGUAUGAUCAAAUAA